AUGAAUAAAUUAUUAUUAGCUUUCCUUUUCUUUGGUUUAAUCGCCUCUGUUACUAUUUCUAUGAAAAUUGAUGUAAGAACACAAAGUGAACCAAAUUUAGGAGAUAUUCCAUUAUGUUUGAUCUGUGACUUUGCUGUUGGUAAAAUUGAAAAAUAUUUAGAUGAUAAAGCAAAUACAACUGUUAUCAUUGACAAAGUUGAAAAGGAUUGUAAUAUAUUAAGAAAUAGUUGGAUUGGAAAAUGUAAAAAUAUCGUUACUGAAUAUGGUCCAAAAAUCAUUGACCUUUUGGAAAGUAACGAAUCACCAAAAGCAGUUUGUGCUAUCAUCGAUUUAUGUUAA